AUGGCGGCGGCGGCGGCGCUGCGCGACUUCCAGGCGCUGGUGGAGCGCGCGGGCGGGCGGCAGCGCCGCCCGGACGACGAGGAGGCGCGCCUGCGGCUGGAGGCGCUGCUCCGGCGGGUCUUCCGCGCCCGGCGGCCGGGCCACCUGGACACGCUGCAAGCCGCCAUCUACCGCCCGGGGGGCGCCGGCGGGGCCGCCGAGGUCCGGGGCGCCGCCUGCCGAGCGCUGCGGGCCGCCCUGAAGCUCCGAGCAGAUGAGGCGGAGACCAAGAAGAAGAGACUCCCGGGAUUCUUGCGAUGUCUCUGGUGGGGCAGGAGGAGACAACGGAAAGGCCGUUUGGGUGCAGCUGCAAAGAAACACCAGGAAGGUGUCUUGCGUGAGCUAAAUGAAGGUGUCGCGUUGACCAACGUAACCCCCAACGGGAACUGCGAGGAUGGCGGUGGAAGGGCAGAGUGCCUGGCGGAGCCCCCCACGGACGCUGCACCUGGCCAGAGGAAGCAACCUCAUCUCCUCUCGGAAGCAGAAGAAUCCGGGAGAGGGAUCCUCUGAGUAUAGUCUUUGCAAAGCAUGAAGUUUUCCUGCGGGCUCUUCGAAAGACGCCGCUUGGCAUUUGAUUGAUUCCCAGAGGACGCUGGAGCCAAAGUGCCGUCGUGCAGCCCAGCCGCUCUCUGCCAUCCUUGGGUCAGCACAGGGUCUGGCAGCUCUGCCUCCUUUCAGCCAGGCGCGAUGGGGGGCCUCCUGGGACCGAAGGGCGCUGGAGUCACGCCAGAUGUCUGAGGCUCACGUUCAACGUGUCAGUGCACUCUGCACACGCACAAGUGGGCACCAUGGUGUUACCAAGCCUGGCAUACCUCUUCUCAGUUUUUAUUCCUGAAUUCAGGAUUUGUUCCCUGUCAAUGUGAAAUAUGUGGGAGACGGCAUCUGUGAACUUGAAAGUCACGGUGCGUGCAAGGACGAAGGAGGGUUGGUUCUGAUAUUGUAAAAACAUUUCCAACUUGAAUUAUUUUCUGUCAUGAAGAGAUUCCAGGCAUGUGUUACUCACCUUUUCUCAAUGAUCAUUUCAAACAUUCAGAAAAUCUUGUGGACCUUAUGGAUACAGUUGAAACCUCAAGUGCAUUUUCUGUAACAGCAGAGUCCAAAGCAGCUUUUGCAUCGAUUGUUGUCCUGGGGGAACUUGCCGAGAAAGCUUCCUGAGCCCGCCCUCUCCUUUUCCGAUUGGCUUGGUAGGCUGUGGUUUUGGGCAGCCUUGCUCAACCUGGUGCCCCCAACUGCACUGGACUUGCGUAUGAGACCAUUAGGCUCUGACGCAAAAGCGUUUAUCAGCAACAUAUGCUUUAAGGCAAAAUAAAACUACUCCUGUUUCCCAAGCUUCAUAGGCCCGGAGUAUGAGCGUGCGAGGUGCCCUCUUCCCAGGCUCUCAUGCCAGUCAAGUAGGGAGCCUGCAUCUCAAAACUUGCUGGAAGAAUGAGAGUGCGUGAACUGCAUACAAAGCAAAAUAAUGCAGAUGGCAACAGUUCAGGAGGGUUAAGGAAGGAGAGAACAGCUAGAUGCAACCGUUGGCUCCUCGAGGGUGCGAUUUGAUGCACCGACGGAAAGAAGCCCGCAACUCCCAGCAUGCCCCAGCCAGCAUCGGGAGAGGGGCUGGCCAACCAGAGCAGGGGUCCUCAAACUGCGGCCCACAGGACAGAUCCGAGCGAGCGAGCCGCCACCUGCCUCCCCUAUGCACACGCUUGCUGCUGCCUCGCGGCGCGGGCGGGGAGGCGGUGGCUCGCUCGCUUGCUCAGUUUUGACUCUC